GCAGAAGAGCUUUCGCUUCGGCCGUGGACUCCUCGUGUUUACAGCUCUUUGGAAGGAAACGCCUGCGCCGCGAGCAACAUGGAUCCAGGCAGAACAGGCAGUGAAGUAGCAUUCUCAACUCUUCAGAACCAGCAGCUGUAUGCUGCCAUGGCUGACACUUUUCUGGAACAUAUGUGUCGUUUGGACAUCGACUCAGAGCCCACCACUGCCCGAAACACUGGUAUCAUCUGCACCAUUGGCCCAGCCUCCCGAUCUGUGGACAAGUUAAAAGAGAUGAUUGAAGCUGGAAUGAAUGUGGCUCGUCUAAAUUUCUCCCAUGGAACUCAUGAGUACCAUGCAGAGACUAUCAAAAAUGUGCGAACAGCUACAGAGAGCUAUGCUUCCGAUCCUGUCAAAUACCGGCCUGUUGCGAUAGCCUUGGACACCAAAGGACCAGAGAUCCGAACUGGACUCAUCAAGGGCAGUGGCACAGCUGAAGUGGAGCUAAAGAAGGGCAACACUCUCAAAGUCACCUUGGACAAUGCCUAUAUGGAGAAAUGUGAUGAAAAUGUCCUCUGGGUAGACUACAAAAACAUUUGCAAGGUGGUGGAUGUUGGUGGCAAAAUCUUUGUGGACGAUGGGCUCAUUUCUCUUCUUGUGAAGCAGAAAGGUCCAGAUUUCCUUAUGACUGAGGUGGAGAAUGGUGGCAUGCUGGGCAGCAAGAAGGGUGUGAACCUUCCUGGGGCAGCUGUAGACUUGCCUGCUGUGUCUCAGAAGGAUAUCCAAGAUCUAAACUUUGGAUUAGAGCAAGAUGUGGAUAUGGUAUUUGCAUCUUUCAUCCGAAAGGCAGAUGAUGUCCAUGCAGUCAGAAAGAUCCUGGGAGAGAAAGGAAAAAACAUCAAGAUCAUCAGCAAGAUUGAAAACCAUGAAGGAGUCCGAAGAUUUGAUGAGAUCCUGGAAGCCAGUGAUGGCAUCAUGGUUGCUCGGGGGGACCUGGGUAUUGAGAUCCCUGCAGAAAAAGUAUUCCUUGCCCAGAAGAUGAUGAUUGGAAGGUGUAAUAGAGUUGGGAAACCUGUUAUUUGCGCCACUCAGAUGCUGGAGAGCAUGAUUAAGAAGCCACGCCCCACCCGGGCUGAAGGCAGUGAUGUAGCCAAUGCUGUCCUGGAUGGAGCUGAUUGUAUCAUGCUGUCUGGAGAGACUGCCAAAGGGGACUAUCCAGUAGAGGCUGUGCGGAUGCAACACUUGAUUGCCCGAGAGGCAGAGGCCGCCAUCUUUCACUCGCAGUUGUUUGAGGAGCUUCGCCGCCUGGCCCCCAUAACCAAGGAUCCCACUGAAGCAGCUGCCGUGGGUGCCGUAGAGGCUUCCUUCAAGUGUUGCAGUGGGGCCAUUAUCGUCCUCACCAAGUCUGGAAGGUCUGCUCAUCAGGUAGCCAGGUACCGUCCUCGGGCCCCCAUCAUAGCUGUUACUCGUAGUCCUCAGGCUGCACGCCAGGCUCAUCUCUACCGAGGCAUCUUUCCUGUGCUGUGCAAGGAGCCUGUUAAUGAGGCAUGGGCUGAAGAUGUGGACCUCAGGGUUAACUUUGGCAUGAAAGUUGGCAAAUCUCGUGGCUUUUUCAAGAAAGGUGAUGUGGUCAUCGUGCUGAAUGGUUGGCGUCCAGGUCCAGGUUUCACCAACACUGUGCGUGUGCUGCCGGUUCCAUAAAAGGGCAUUUGAAGACCUUCUUGUGGGUGACUUCAGCACCCUCCCUUCCCUGCCCCUGCCUGCAUCCAUUAGAACUGCAGCUGUUAUUGGUGUUGUCCAUUCCUGGCUAUUAGAGGCUUUAGACUGCUAAAACACCCCCCAAAACAAUUAAAGUCUCUUAAAGAAACUUUAUAUUAGACCUACUUUCCUCCCCACCUAGAAACAUCACUAUCAGUUUAGCAUGCCCCUGGUGGUGUAUAAAGAUAUAGCAGCUGUGGCUUAGGUUGGGGUACUGCAGGUCAUCUUUGAUAUAGGGGAUUAAAGUAACAUGUAUCAGUAUUGUGUUUUAAAUUGAUCUAGACAUCCUUCAUGCACACACAAGUAGACACUAGUCACAGUCCCUCUAAGUAUAAGUCCUCAAUGUAUAUGGGCCUCUACAUCUUUCCUGACCAGAGGAACAACUCUCCCUUUCCCCACGUAAGUUAUGUAAAUCACAUAAAUUAAAGUGUCUUGUUUUCAUACACUUAAGUUGAAAAUUAAAUAGAAGCUGAAUCCAGCUGCUAAAAACCAAUAGGUGAACAAUGUGAUAUUUAGCAAUGGGUGUCCUCUGGUAAGGCACUCCUACGUUGGAGGGGGGGGGAAAGAAGUUUCCAAUCAUAAGCCACUUUUUUUUUUCUUUCAUUUGGAGGAGGGAGCCUAGAAUGGAAAGGAAAUUCUUCCCAGAAUAGUCCUCACUGUCCCAGGCAGUGGCCUUACUACACUCCUUGCCUGCUACCCAAACCUCAGCCUUCUCACGUUGUAAGUGUCCGUGUUCCUCCAAUAUUUCUUUCUGUUUUUAAUCUGGAACAAACCCACACUCCUAUUGUAAUGUAUUUGGCUGUAGAGUACAUCAUUUGUCAAUAAACACAAGCUGAAGCACU